AUGUCACUCCGCCAAGCCGCCGCGGCCCGCAAUGGAACCAGAGUUAUCGUCCCGACGCCACCACGUGGAGAUGCGGCUUACACCCAGAUUCGAUUCGAGUUGAAUCAGGCCGUGGAUCUCGCGAAGAAGUCGGCUGCCCUAAUGUCACGUAACAUCACAAGCAUGAUUUCGUUGCUUGAAAGCGGCAGCGAGCCAUCGCACGGUCCUGCAGCACACCCGAGGAGACGCAGCUUCGAAGCAUACUUGACAGAAACGAUGUCCGAGUACCUCAAGGCCAUGAUGGAAUACAUAAAAUCAGAAGUGCGACUCCCGCGUUAG